GGUGAUUCAUGCUUUGGGCAGUUUAAGGGCAAGUAUAAAAGUGCUCAGCAGCAGAUCUUGUAUAAUCAUUUCUCUUAUUUCUCUUGUGAAGUAGAUUAGCCACCCCUGAGCAAUGGUGCACUCUCUAAGCCCAUGCACUGAUGGCAGUGCUUCUCCAUGUGGGGUGGCUGUGCCACAGCCCGUUGCUGACAGCUGCAAUGAGCCCUGUGUCCGUCAGUGUCCUGACUCCAGGGUGGUGAUCUACCCUCCGCCGGUGGUUGUGACCUUCCCUGGACCCAUCCUCAGCACCUUCCCUCAGCAGAGUGUCGUGGGAUCUGCAGGAACCCCUGAAGUUGGAAGUGGAUUUAGUGCUGCCCGUACUCCUGGGACCUCCCUUGUUUAUGGUGGUGCCAGAUGGGGACGGGGAUACCCAAUUGGAAACUGCAGACCAUGCUAAACCUGCUGCUGCUGAAACACGAAUAUCCAGGACAUGUCAAACAGGAUGUAGAUAAUGUGGCUGAGCUCCAGGGCAUGGCAUUUAGGAAGGGCUGAGCCAUUUGGAGUUGCCAUUAAAUACAUCUGUAGAUGCUCAGAUCUUCUGAAAUAUCCAUUUACAUCCUUCUUGGAUUACUUCUGCUGUUUUUCUAAUACCUUCCUGUUUUUCUAAGUAAGUGCUCUGUUCUUGAUGCUAUGGGACUAUAUUGCUAAUUCCUUGGGGGCUAAUUCAUUGUGGCAACGUAAAGGGAACUGGUAUGUCAUUCAUUUUAGGUCCCUUUUUUCUGUGGCAAUUGAUGCAUAAAAGAGAGUCAUGGAGUCAACUAGUCUCUGAUGCUGUGCUAUAUGUGUCUUGCUCUGAUCAGGGCUGAGUAUCAACCCAGAGCUGCAAUAGGGAAGCACCACCAGUUAUUACAUGAAUCAUCUUGCAUCAAACCACAGGUUGCAGGCAAUUUGUAAUCUGUACUAUAUAAUCCUACCUCUGUAUGAUCUGCUUCUUUCAUUAAACAUGACAUUGCAACAUGUUACUGGCCUUGACGUGUGUGUGCCUGUCUAUGUGUGUUACCCUCUGCUCCUCCUAAUUCAGGUGUCUUUGUCCUGCUGCACCAAACUGAUGCCAUCAGUCUGCUUCAGGACAGUGAUACUCUUGAGAGAUUUGGCUGUGGGUUGUGUGUACAGCUCCUUCCCACAACAAGCUCCAUGCUGUAGCUGUCCCUUCAUGAAAUUGCUGCCCAAAUCUUUGCUUUCAUUGCUCCAGGUCCUCCUCAAUAUUGGCUUUUCUGUAACAGUGCAUGUUUCCUGGUGUCCUCAGGCUCAACCUUCCUGUCUAGGUGGUGACACAAUGCAUAAGAGCAGAGGUGUGUGGUAUUAACAAGAAUAAUGUGAAACCACAUGUUAGGUAGAAGUAGCUGGUUUUGAGUGUGUAAGUUGAAUUUCUGGCUUUAUUGCUCUGCUCAAGGUUCUACAACAAUGUAAGCUAUGCAUAUGAAAAUGGAAUGUGAUGUUCAUUCAUGUAAUUUCCAGUUUCUUCAGGAAUACAUCAAUAGUAAACAUUCCACAAGCUUC